UCUUCUUUUCUUCUACGCUCUGGUGAGAAAAGCUCGUCUUCUGCAGUAGAGGCAACAAUGGAGAAAGGAAAAGGCAACAAGAAACCUUCUGCCAUGACGCUAGAACAAUUCGUCUCUACCAUGGCUCCUCUGAUCGACAUGGAAAAGGAGGCAGAGAUAUCAGCUUCCAUGACUUCGGGUGCAAUAAGAACACUGGAUACUGCUCAAAAGAGGGGUUCCACUCUUCUUAACUUGAAGUGUAUAGAUGCUCAGACUGGCUUAAUGGGAAAAGCUCUCCUUGAGUUUCAGUCUACUAAGGGUGAUGUUCUUCCAGCACACAAGUUCGGUAAUCAUGAUGUUGUUGUUCUAAAACCAAACAAGGCAGAUUUAGGGUCUCCUUCUCUUGGUCAAGGCCUAGUUUACCGUCUAAAGGACUCAUCUAUUACAGUUGCCUUUGAUGAUAUACCAGAAGAUGGCUUAAACAACCCUUUACGCCUUGAGAAACUAGCUAAUGAGGUGACAUACCGUAGAAUGAAGGAUACUCUGAUUCAACUAAGUAAAGGUGUAAUGAGGGGACCAGCUGCUGACUUAGUUCCUGUAUUAUUUGGAGAAAGGCCUCCAACAGUGGCAAAGAAGGAUGUCAAUUUCACCCCAUUUAACUCUAACAUGGAUCGUUCUCAGAAAGAUGCCAUAUCAAAGGCUUUGUCAUCCAAAAAUGUAUUUUUGCUCCAUGGGCCUCCUGGAACCGGCAAGACUACGACUGUGGUUGAACUUAUUCUACAAGAAGUAAAACGUGGUUCAAAAAUCCUUGCUUGUGCUGCCUCAAAUAUUGCAGUUGACAACAUUGUUGAGAGACUUGUUCCUAAUAGGGUGAAGUUGGUGAGGUUGGGGCAUCCUGCACGAUUACUUCCCCAAGUACUGGAGAGUGCUCUUGAUGCACAGGUCAUGCGUGGAGACAAUAGCUCCCUUGCAAAUGACAUCCGCAAGGAAAUGAAGGCAUUGAACGGUAAACUUCUAAAGACGAAAGACAAAAACACAAAGCGGGACAUAAGGAAAGAGCUCAAGACACUAUCGAGAGAGGAGCGUAAAAGACAACAGCUAGCUGUGGAAGAUGUAAUAAAAACUUCAGAUGUAGUGUUGACAACAUUGACAGGUGCAUCAUCCAAGAAGCUGGAUGGUAUUUCUUUUGACUUGGUGAUUAUUGACGAAGCUGCUCAGGCACUUGAAAUAGCAUGCUGGAUAGCCUUACUAAAGGGUUCAAGAUGUGUACUUGCCGGAGACCACCUGCAGCUUCCUCCAACCAUUCAGAGUGUAGAAGCUGAGAAGAAGGGGUUAGGAAGAACCCUCUUUGAACGUCUUGCAGAUCUGUAUGGGGAUGAAGUCGUGUCUAUGCUUACUGUUCAAUAUCGAAUGCAUGAGCUCAUAAUGAAUUGGUCAUCCAAAGAACUUUACGACAAUAAGAUUGAAGCUCAUCCAAGUGUUGCAUCUCACAUGCUUUAUGAUCUAGAGGGGGUAAAAAAGUCAUCUUCUACAGAAUCAACUCUAGUUCUCGUAGAUACAGCUGGAUGUGAGAUGGAAGAAAAGAAAAAUGAGGAAGACAGCACCUUUAACGAGGGUGAAGCUGAUGCUGCAGUGACCCAUGCAAAGAGACUUGUCCAAAGUGGUGUACGGGCCUCUGAUAUUGGAAUCAUUACACCCUAUGCAGCACAGGUUGUAUUGCUAAAAAUGAGGAGAAGUGACGACGACAAGCUAAAAGAUGUGGAGAUAUCCACAGUUGAUGGCUUUCAAGGCCGAGAAAAAGAAGCAAUAAUUAUUUCAAUGGUCCGAUCAAACUCAAAGAAGGAGGUUGGAUUCUUGAGUGACAGAAGGAGAAUGAACGUUGCAGUGACAAGGGCAAGGAGACAAUGUUGUAUUAUUUGCGACACAGAGACGGUUAGUGGAGAUGGGUUCUUGAAGCGCCUUAUAGAGUAUUUUGAGGAGAAUGGCGAGUAUUUAAGUGCCUCAGAGUACAUAAACUGAGUAGUAUUUUGAAAACCAACUCGAUGGAAAAGACGUUUCUUAUCAAUUGGUUUACCAGCAAGGGAUGCUACACCCCUUCGCCAUAAUUUAUCCAUUUUUAAAGGCACCGAUCUUUUGCCUAUUAAAGUAUAUUUUUUUUAUGACGAAUUGGCAGCGGGUGGUUGUGAAAAAUUGUUAGGGAUAUUCAAAUUGCAAUAUUUUAUCUUAAGAUGUUCUUCACCUUAUUUCCUAUUUACAUGGAUUUAAUGGCUGAAGGGAAGUGAAGGAAAUUUUGCAUGUA